AUGAUGUCAUCACCUCCAGCAAAGCCGUCCACUGCCUCCCCGGCACUCAGAUCCCACCUGCGGCCCUCCACAGCCCUAGACUCUUUGUCCGUUUCUUCCCUUUUGUCUGGGGAUCUGGAUGAUGACGGAGAUGGAGGAAGAGGAGAGGCAGAGGGGCUAGGAGACUUAGAGGUGAACCCAUAUGAUGGUUUGCCCUUUUCUUCGCGCUACUAUGCCCUACUGGAAGAGAGGCAGAAGUUUCCUGUGUGGAAGCUCAGGCAGAGUCUGUUGGAGCACCUGGAGAGCCACAACAUGGUGAUCCUCAGCGCACCCAGUGGAGCUGGAAAAAGCACCCAGGUGCCACAGUGGUGUGUGGAGUAUGCUUUGUCCUAUGAGUUUUCUCAGGGCCUGGUGUGCUGUUCUCAGCCCUAUUCGGUGGCAGCAGUGAGUCUGGCCCUUCGCGUGGCUGAUGAGAUGGACCUCAGCCUGGGCCUGGAGGUGGGCUACAGGGUGUCUCAUGAUGAUGGCUGUACACCUGACACCCUGCUCAGAUUUGUCAGUGACACUCUCCUGCUAGAGGAAAUGAUGUCAGACCCUUUGCUGCAUCAGUAUGGCGUUGUAGUGCUAGACGAGCUCCAGGAGCGCACCGUGUCCACUGACGUGCUGCUGGGCCUGCUGUGUGACGUCUGCCGCCAGAGGCCGGACACCUUUCGGGUGGUUCUCCUCACUCACCCAACGCUUGCACCUCGUCUGUCAACCUUCUUAGGACCCUCUGUUCCUCACCUGUUCCUGGACAGCCUGCACACUGAGCCUCCAACCAGAGACCAGGAAGAGGGGGGUGGAGUAGAGGACAGGAAAGCUGUGAAAGACGACAAAGUAGAAACGCUGUAUAGAGAACUUUCAUCGGGGAAAGAACCUGUGGCUGCGGCCUGUCACAUGGUGUUGGAUCUGCACCGAAGAGGAGAGGAGGGAGAUGUGAUGGUGUUUGUGGCCAGUGCACAGGAAAUAGAAGAGUGUGUGGCCCUGCUGGAGAAGGAGUGUGUAGCUCUGAGUCCUCAGCUUGGACCUCUCAGAAUGCUCCCUCUCCAUGCUGGACUGGGUGGGCAGACUCAGAGGGUCUAUGAAUCUGAUCCCGAAGCUUCUGCGCUGAGCGAAAACACCAGCUCUGGUGGCAUGGAGGGCUCAGUGCUGGGAGUUGGAGGUCUGAGCAUCAAGAGGAAAGUCAUCGUCACCAAUACGCUCGCCGAAGCAUCCUUCUCCCUGCCAGCCAUUCGCUAUGUCAUAGACACAGGCCUUCAACUCAAAACUGUUUACAAUCCACAAAUAAGAGCGAACUCACAAGUUCUGAGGUCAAUCAGCAAACACCAGGCCGACAUGAGAACUCAGCGGGUAAACAGCCACCUUCCAGGGCUGUGUCUCCGUCUGUACCCCCAGUCACUGUAUGAAGGAAUGAUGGAGGAGGCUCAUUGUCCAGGAGUUGUAGAGGAGAACCUCAGCCACUUGGUGCUGUUGCUCAAGAGGCUUGAUAUUGCUGACAUGGGACAAUGCAAGUUUCUAGACAGACCAGCACCUGAGGCUCUAAUGCAGGCCCUGGAAGACUUGGACUAUCUGGCAGCGCUGGAUGAUGAUGGGAACCUGUCGGAGGUGGGCAUCAUAAUGUCAGAGCUGCCACUUGAGCCCUCGCUGGCCAAAGCCCUGAUUGCCGCCUGCGAGUACGACUGUGUUGACGAGCUGCUUACUAUAGCUGCUAUGCUAACAGCUCCGUCCUGCUUCAUGACUGCAGAACCCAGCAGAGAGGAGGUUGCUGUCGCACACUGGCGACCUCUGAUGCACACAGAGGGAGACCACAUGACUCUCAUUAAUAUUUAUAAUGCCUUCAUGGAGCAUAAUCAGGAUGAGGCAUGGUGCACGACAAACUUCCUCAGUCACGCCGCCUUGCGAUUAGCUGUGGUGAUCCGGGCGGAGCUGCUGGAGGUGAUGCAGCGAAUAGAGCUUCCAGUUUCUCCCCCUGCUUUUGGAUGCCAAGACAAUUGCACAAAUAUCAAGCGUGCACUCAUCUCAGGCUUCUUCCUCAAAGUAGCUCAUGAUGUGGAUGGCUCUGGUAACUACCUCCUGCUAACUCACCGCCAUGUGGCCCAUCUUCAUCCGGUCUCUUCUUACCUGUGUCGCCAACCAUGUCCCAGCCCCCCCAGCUGGGUACUCUACCAUGAAUUCACCAUUUCCCGUGAUAACUGCAUCCGCAUCGCUUCAGAAGUUCACCCUCAGAUGCUUGUGGAGCUGGCCCCUCAGUACUUCCUGGGAAACCUUCCCUCGAGUGACGGUAAGGAGCUGCUGGUAGAGCUGAGGCAGAAUCUGGAGCUGGAGCAGGACGGGGUGUCACACGAACACAGCAGGGCUCACAGAGACGCUGACACAGCAGGAGAGACUCACAAUCAGUCCAGCACUGAGCUCUGUCUGAUCCAGUGAGAUGCAAGCGGAGGCGGAGCUUCUCAGGGGAGGGACUCUAAACACUUGGCUGUCACUUUAUUGUCUGAUCUGAGAUUUGGUACUUUUUAUCAAUUAGUCUGUGAAAUCUCUUUUUGAUGUGAGAUUUUUAAAUAGAUGCUGGAAAACUCUAAUGUACAGUAAUUUGUUGUUCCUAAUAUACAGUGGCUUUGGAAAGCGUUCACACUGCUUCAGUUUCUCCAUCUUUUGUUGAGCUGUCUAUUGAAUUUAUUUAAAAUAGAAUUUCAAACACUUCUUCAACAUUUCUUUGUUUCUACAAAAUGAGUGUCGUCACGAGUCUAUUUUUUACACUGAAAAAGGCAAAAAAUGGAAGAAGUGAAGGGGAUGAGAUGUCAUUUAUGUUUUACACUUUGGCUAAAGCAAUAUACACGACUUUAGUGAGCUGAGACACUGUUCUAGUUUGACCUUUGACCUCUAUGCAGAUGCCAUGAACAGAAGGCUUCUCAGGGCUCACUGUGAUGACUUACUGUAGCAGUGAUGCACAGAGCUUCUAUUUUCAACUUUUUGAUACUGUUUGCAUAAUGUUUAGCUUCCCUGGUUAGAUCCUCAUUUUGCUUUUCCUUUAUAAUAAUAUCUAUGUGUCAGUACAGUGUGAGCUCCAAAUAAAUGUGUUUUUUCAUGUUUG